CUUUCUACUCGAAUGAUAAAAAGAACUGCACAACAGUCAAACGUUAAUUAAAUAAGUAUGAAGCCUAUCGACUUCCAUCCCUUUCAAAGUCGUUAGGAUAAAAACACACAAGGAAAAAUAACUUUCCGGUGCAAUAUUCGCACGUCGUCAAGAAAAAUAAAUUCUUAAGGCAGCUGGAAGAUACUUUACCUUGAAGCAAUUUAUAACAUAAUUGAGUACUAGCAGCACAUAUUUUGGUGUUCAUAAUCUGAGUCAAGCUUCACAAAAGUAUCCGAUAAAACCAAAGAUCCUAUAUACAAUUUUGGUAUAAGAGAGCUGAUGAGUGAGUCACCGACAGAAUUUCAUUACACAUUUUGCAAAUUCAAACUAUCAGAGUGUGUUUACUUUGAAUUCCAUGAAUUGAGAAAGUUUACCUGAUUAUCAAUUAGUUUGAAGGACAGCUGCCAUGCCAUUUAAGGUAGCUUUCAUUGUGGUAUCCUUUAUGUCUUUAAUUUUACUACGGAAAGCUGUUAUUGGAUGAGAAAAAAACGUGUUAAUUGAUCCUUUUUGCGAAAUAUCGAAAAAGAAAAUCAUCACUGAACAUCAUGGUAACUAAGGAGGAGUUUUCCUUUUAUGAUAUCAGUUUGGGAGCCAAGGGUUUUUUUUCUUGCACUUUGAUAAUCACAAUAUUUCCUUCUGAUGCCCUGGAGGAACGUGAAAAUCAACCCAAGUCUGAAAUGUUCUUGAUCACGACAGGUGCGAAAUUCACAUGUGCGGUAAUAUAUGCAUCGGGGUAUGGCGAAAAACGCAUGUAAUAACUAGAUAGCUGCCAUAUUUUCUCUCCUUUGAGCUUAUAACGGGAAAUCACUGGUUUGUUGCACACACUGAAGUCCGAACCAGAGAGAUAACGUGCGUUUAAGAAAAAAAAACUGAAUUUGACGAACUACGUCGAUCGAUGAAAAAACUAAUUUUCUUCCACUUCGUUAAAAAAUGAACGAAACCUUGGGCAAUAUAAAUGGCACCUCUUGGCAAACAGUUUUUAUCUUCUGCUGGUUUGGUUCAAUGAGCUUAAUCAUUGCUAUUUUGAACACUGCAAUUUGCACUUUGCUUUGGACGCAAAAGCGACUUCACAACAUCAGCAACUUGUUCUUUGUCAACUUGGCCGUUGCAGAUAUUUUGGUCGGCUUUGUGGCGAUACCAUGGAAGAUGUUGUACUUUGGAGUGUCACCCGUACCUCAGUGGCUUACAGCAGUUGUCACGGCCGUAGAUUAUGUAUUGAGCUUAUCUUUCCUCAGCAUUUGCGCCCUAACCUACGACAGAUAUCAAGCAAUUCUCCAUCCACUAACAUACUGCAUUAAAAUGGGCGUCACAAAAGUGUGCAAAGUUCUGUUUUUAGUUUGGAUUCUACCAGGAAUGAACUUUCUAAAGCUAAUUUGGAUGCUGUCACCAGAAAUCUCCUUUCAGCCCUUGAACGGCACUUUUAAUGCAUUUCUUUUUUCUUUCUUACUAACAGCAACUGGAGGAGUUGUUUUUGCUUAUGUUCGAAUUUCUUGCGCGGCCACAAUGCAGGAAAACCGAGUGCGGAAAUUAAACGUCCAUGCCUCGAGAAAUCAACGAUUAAAGUUUAGCAAAGCAAUAAGGUCCUGCCUCGGUGUUACAAUCUGUUUCGCGUGUUGUUGGUUGCCACGAGGAACCUACUUGAUUGCAAGAAGUUCUCAGUUUUCUACGUCUUACGAAGAAUACGAUCUGAUUACAUUUGGCCUGAUGUCUUUAUCGCCAGUUUUAAAUCCAAUCAUUUAUUCCAUCUUCAACCGCGACAUUAGAAGAACGUUAGAGGUACUUUGGAACAGAUGCCAAGAAAAAUCGAGAUUGCAGAACCAAAAGUUUGGAAGUUCUCACGCUAGUUCAUCACGGACAGUCAACACGAUCACCCGCAGCGAACACAUUGAACUGUCAAGAAAUGCAAAUUUGUAGUAUCAUGCAAUUUAAAGAGGGCUACUUGUUCCUUAAUUUCAAAAUAUAAAGAGUUAAAGAUGACCAUCGCAUUAAUCUCCGCGUUCUACUGGAGACAAGAGGGAUGGUACGUCAGCAAUUUUAGGGCAAAAACGGAGAUCAAAGUAGACCAAAAGUUGGUAAUAAGAAUGUCACAGGAUUGAUGCGGCCGUUUGAAAGCCUUUCUACAAGCCAUAAUGAAGGAACCUAUAACUCCUCUAGCAGGUCGUUCUGUAACGCGUUGGUUUAGAAGGUUACGCUAACGCGGUAAAAGUUGACUCAAACCAACCAACGUUAAAAUAAGCUUUGAAAACAUCGCAUGCCAACUAAUAUGUUUGAACUCCAGAGACUGUCGUCCAGCCAUGUAGCAAAGAGAAGUUACCCGCUAUGAAGCACGGUUAGGGCAUUCUUUUAUC